AUGUUUGUUAUAAAGCCGUUGUGGAGAUAUCAGGUUGUAGUUUUCCCGGUUCUUGGUAGGGUUUCUGCUGCGCGGCUUAACGAUCAAACACGUUACUUAAAUGAAUCUUUAUAUGGGUCGCAGCGAUCGGGCCGACUCUUCUAUACUCGUACUAAUGUUCACGUUAAGCAUAUAGCGGGUUGCACUUGCAGCGGCGAGCCUGCAAUGAUGACUUUGAGCACUAUCGCCUUGUUCCUAACGCCGGCUACUUUCCCGAUUCAGAAAUCUAUCGUGAUUCUCAAUAUAAAAGUCUUGGUAGAAAAUUAUCACUCCGAUAUCGAACGACCCGCCUCCACGUAUAAAAGCCCACCGAGAAAGCUAGAAUGCGAUCAGAAUGCCGUUCUAUUGUUUCCACCACUGGUCCUGCUUCUCUCAAGUUAUGGAAAUGCUUUCGAAGACAAUGUUGCCAAGAGGAAUGACCCAACUGGAACCUCCUUUCCAUGCGCAAAUUUUUACGACCCUAUAGGAUGUCUUCGCGGCUCAUGGACUCACGGUGGUGCGCUGAGCAACCGAUACAAUGUAGAAUGUACGCAAACAUCCAAAGACCAAUGGCUUGGGUCCAUCAUGAGCGAUAUGACUAGUCCGCCGCCUUCUGCCACCUCAACAUUUACGGCCACUUCGUUCUGCUCCGAGUACCUGCGCCCCGUGGCAGUCACAAUGCCGUACAUUUACCGGACCGGUGAAACCACGACGACGACUAGGAUUGACAUCACCAGCUCUUUCACUGUAACGGACACUACGUACGUACCUACCUGCACACUUCUUCGCCUAUUACCAUCGCGCACUAAUUUCUUAUCCCAGCCAUCCAACAUCAACAAUAUUCUGCCCAAUCCCUUCUCCCAAAAUGGAAUCAAGAGCAGGAUUGGAGUAUCAACCCUUUCACCUCGAGUCCCGAAGAAUGCGCACAAGGCUUACGAAGUUCGACCUCAAGGCAAAUUCUGGGCAUGCGCAAUUUUCAAUAAAGGCCUGGGAGAGAAUGUCAGCAUGUUGAUAAAUCCGAGCAGAGGAAAUGGUCCAGAGGGUUGGUACGAUAGAGAUUGCGGGCAGCAUGCUCCUGUAAGUUCCAUUUAUUUGAUGCUCUACCCGGUACGAAAUAGAACGCCCGAAUGCAACCUUAAGACGAAAUCUGCUCCCACUGGAACCAUCAUACCACGACUGGCCGAACCCGAAAAAUUCCUCCCCCCAUUGAUAACUCCAGCCACGCGCGUGUAUCCCGUAGCAGAAACUCGCCGUCAAGCAGCCGCGCACCACCUCGCCAAACGAUACGUAUACCCCCUCCCCCCACACCUCGAUAACGGUUGGGCGCAAGCCCCGUGGUUUGUUAUGGGAGCAUGUUCGUGCUUGAUUACAUCCGCCAUGCCAGAAUCAACCGCAACGGAACCCGCCACUAUCUCUAGAUUUACAGAGACUAAGACGAGUAGUACGACGUACAUUGACAGACGGACCUAUACGGAGACGAAACGGGAAACGACGGUGUUUGCAAUGGGGAGUAAUUCGUUUGGGGAGAUGUUUUUCUUGUCAAUGGCCGGCCUGUUUUGUGACGCUAUUGUGGGAUCUACAACGGAUUUCGGAAUGAUAGGAAGAGUUAAACAAAUAGAAACUAUCGCACGUGUCUCACGCGAUACUAUACCCAUGUACCGCGCCAUUCACUCACUAAGACUAGAUCCUUUUUCAGGCAUAUGGGAGCCUCGUACGAUAGGAUAUCAGAAAACUGCCAAGCUAGCUAAGGGGAGAGGUGCAGCUAAAUACUUGGAGAUAGGGGUUCGUCAGGUAACUUUGAAUGGAACGAUUCAUACGAAUCGUUACAUUAAUGAACUCUGGAAUACAUUAUCGCACGAGGGCAUGAAGAGAAGUGCGAGUCGUCAAUCAGGUGGCAAGGACCAAACUAGAUGGAUUGAGCCAAGGUGCAAGGUGAAACACUCGUCAUGUGACGUAGUUUCACCCGCUCCAAUUAUCACGUGCGACAUACAUGACUCCUCUCAUAACCCAUGCCCACUGCAGGGCUACAAAAAGGCCUCACGUGGUCCUGGUAUUAUUUCAUUCUGGACAUCCCAAACCCAACACACUUUUCUUCUGCUUCCUCCCCUAUCGACGUUUGCGAAGGCAAGUGUAUUCACGCAAUGCGCUCGAUACCCUGUCUGUGCUAAGGGAAACCCAGUUGUCAUCUAUGGAUUAACCCUCUUGGUGAGUGCGAUGAUUAAAUUUUCGAGGCGCCUCGACAUCAUCAUGUGGAUACUGAAUGUAAGGGGACCACAGCGGAAAAUCCGGACGCGCUUAACCAUCAGGCUUAUACCGCAAGUUUCUGCUCUGACGAAGACAAAAGUGUCAGCCGCAUUUCUUGGUCAGGGCUUUUGCCCUGUUCACGAACACCCGUUUCCCCUUCACUCGCAGUACGGCAAAGCUUCGCCAGCAACUCAGAAGAUGAUGUUGAGUCAGCGUCUCUGGAUGACGGAGAGUGGACGCUUGGCCACCGGCGGCUACAUGAAACCGGGCCACUCGAUCUGGUUCUCCAGUAUGCAUGAACCCAGUACUCUACGAUCAGCUUCGGGCCACACAUACACUUUACAAGGCGGGCGCUUCUCAGAAGAUUUCACGGAUCCGUAG